CUACGUCACGAACGCUAUCAGUUUCCGGUUGAAGUGUAAAUGGAUACAUGACACAGUUGUUUGGAGGAAACGAUCUUCAGGAAAAAAAAGAAAAGGAAAAAAAAAACCCUCCACGUCUAAAACAUUACUCACGGGAAUACUACGUUAAACCCGCUGACGGUGCUGUAAGGUGUCGGCCGCGAUGGAAGCGGUCCCGCGGAUGCCGAUGAUCUGGCUGGAUCUGAAAGAGGCUGGGGAGUUCCAGUUUGGUCCGUCGGUAAAGCAGUUCAUCUCAAAGAACUAUGGAGAAAAUCCAGACAACUACAAUGAACAGAUAAAGAAACUGGAGACACUGCGGCAGAGUGCUGUGAACGUGACGAGAGAUUUCGAGGGAUGCAGCACCCUGAGGAAGUACUUCGGCCAGCUGCAUUACCUUCAGAGCCGAGUACCCCUGGGGGGAGGCCAGGAGGCUGCGGUGCCCAUCUCCUGGACUGAAAUCUUCUCCGGAAAAACAGUCACCCACAAUGACAUCAGCUACGAGCAGGCCUGCAUCCUCUACAAUCUUGGAGCACUGCACUCCAUGUUGGGAGCCAUGGAUAACAGGGUUUCCGAGGAGGGGAUGAAGGUGUCCUGCACACACUUCCAGUGCUCAGCCGGAGCGUUCUCCUACCUGAGAGACCAUUUCAGCCACAACUACAGCGUUGACAUGAGCCACCAGAUUCUUAACCUCAACAUCAACCUUAUGCUGGGCCAGGCUCAGGAGUGUCUUUUAGAGAAAUCCAUGUUGGACAACCGGAAAAGUUUCCUGGUUGCCCGUAUCAGUGCUCAGGUGGUGGAUUAUUAUAAGGAGGCCUGCAGGGCUCUAGAGAACUCUGAGACGGCCUCCAUGCUGGGAAAGAUCCAAAAGGACUGGAAAAAACUGGUUCAGAUGAAGAUCUACUACUUUGCUGCUAUCGCACAUCUUCAUAUGGGAAAGCAGGCAGAGGAGCAACAGAAAUUUGGAGAACGGUUGGCUUAUCUGCAGAGCUCUUUGGACAAACUCAAUGAAGCCAUCAAGCUAGCUAAGGGUCAACCCGAUAGCGUGCAAGAGGCCUUGAAGUUCACCAUGGAUGUCAUCGGAGGAAAGUUUAAUUCUGCCAAAAAGGACAAUGACUUCAUUUAUCAUGAGACUGUUCCUUCCCUGGAGACUCUAGCCUCAGUUAAAGGUGCUCCUUUGGUGAAAGCUCUGCCGGUCAACCCCACUGACCCCAGUGUCACUGGACCGGACCUGUUUACCAAACUGGUCCCCAUGGCUGCUCAUGAAGCCUCUUCUCUGUACAGCGAAGAGAAAGCCAAGCUGCUGAGGGACCUCAUGGUCAAGAUUGAUGGCAAGAAUGAAACCUUAGAGCAGUUUAUGGACUCCUUGGGCUUGGAACCAGAGUCUGUUGACAACCUGGACAUGUACAACCACAUCCCUCCAGUCCUGAUGGAGAAGUGUGCUGCCCUCAGUGUCCGACCUGACACUGUCAAGAGCCUCAUUCAGUCCAUGCAAGUGCUCUCAGGAGUCUUUACCGACGUGGAGUCUUCACUGAAGGAGAUCCGAGAUGUCCUGGAAGUGGACGAAACUGGCGAGCGAGCCGUCCAGGAAAUUUGCGGUCCCACUGCAGCUGAGAUACAUCCAGCUGCCCAGAGCCAGGGUCUGGCUGAAAUUCAGAGGGACCUCGAGAAAUACAUGGAAGCCCAUGAGAAGGCCAGUUUUACCAACACAGAGCUACACAGGGCAAUGAACCUGCACAUCAGCAACCUGCGCUUGCUUGGGGGGCCUUUGGAAAGUCUCAGAGAGGCCCUGCCAAGGCCGCAGCUUAGUGAAGAGGAAAUGGCAGGGCUGCAGCGCAUGAAGCGGAUUCUGGGAAAGGUUCAGGAGAUGAGGGAACAAAGGGGCUCUUUGGAAAAACAGCUUCGUGACCUCAUUCAAACAGACGACAUCACCUCCACUCUUGUUACCACAGACAGAGCAGACAUGAAGCGAAUAUUUGAAGAGCAGCUGAAGAAGUACGAGCAGGUAAAGGUCUAUAUAGACCAGAACCUCUCGGCACAGGAAAAUAUCCUGAAGGCCCUGACUGAGGCGAAUGUCCAGUACGCCUCUGUACGUAAGGGCCUGAACCAGACAGAGCAACAGUGGAACAGCACAGUUCAGGGACUAGUGGGCUCCUAUGAAGCGUAUGAAGACUUGAUGAAGAAGUCCCAGGAGGGAAAAGAGUUCUACGAUGACCUGGAGGCCAAGUCAUCACGUCUGUUAGAGAGAGCCAAGAUCCUGUGUCAGACCAGGGAAGAGGAGAGGAAGCCCCUCCUGGAAAAAGAUAAAAAGCCCCCAGCACGACCUACAGCUGCUAAGCCACCCCUGAAGCCAAGUGCAUCUGAUGUAGACUCUGCGUCCUCUAGCCUCGAGGAUCCAGAGCUGGCCAAGCUCAAUGCAGCCAUCAUGGCCUUAGGGGGCGAUCUGCCUAAGGACCUUCGAAGCUUCCCUCCUGAUAUUCCUUCCCUCCCUACCACUCCUGGUUGUCUGCCUGGUCCAGGUGGCAGCACUCUUCCUUGGCCAGGUGCUGCAGGCCUUCCUCACUUCCCUCCCAACCUUCCACCCCCUGAGCUCCUGGCAAGAAUUGCUCAGUUUCCCACUUCGGGGGCUAUACCGGCGCAGGGUUCCCUACCACAUGUGCCCCUCCCACAGAUGACUCAUCAUAGGCCUCCACAAAUGCCCACGGUCGUGUCAGGUUAUCGGGCACCUCCUCCUCAGGCUCCCCAAACAGGUUCCAUUGCUCCAGUCCCUGUGCGCCCCUCCACCACAACUGUGGACAGCAUUCAGGCUCCUAUCCCCAGCUACACCCCCAACCCACACUUUCCUGUCCCUCCUCCUGCCUCAACUGGGUACAUGGUACCACAGAUUGGAUCAUAUCCUCACAUGAUUCCCCACCCGGGAGCACCCAUUCAAGUCCCAGGCCAGAUACCAGCACCCCAACCGCAGCAACAGAGGCAUCCACAGCAGUACCCCCACCCAGCAGCCCAGCCUCUUCCUCAGGGGUAUCAGCCUGGACCAAGGGCUGCUCCUGGUCCUCUUAAUCCAACUCAACAGGUUUACUCCCCUGGAUAUAUUCCACAUCAGCCUAAUGUUCCUCCAAAUUACCAGCAGGCAUUUCCAGGUCAGCUUCAGCAACGUCAACAAAAUGGUUUUCCUCCCCGACCUCAGGUACCACAAGGCUACCAGAUUCCACAAAACUUUGUACCCCAGCAGCACCCUCAGAUGAUGCCAGGGUCUAUCCCACAGCCCCCCCAAACUGCACAUCCAUCAACAUGUUCAACUUCUCACCCAGCACCUCCUCUAUCUGUUCCGUAUUCACCCUAUCCCAACCAACAGAUACCACAGCACCAACAAAUCCCAGUCCCUCCCAGUGCCCAGCAUGUUCUGCCACACCCACAGAUGCAAAUGCCAGGUGGUCACAGACCACAGUUGCCGCCUACGAGUCAAACAAUGCCUCCUGUGUCACUAAACUACAUUCCGCCAGCUGGUCGGCCCCUUCACCCAACCUUGCAUCCUCAGAUGCCUCCUUCCUCUCAGCCACAUGUGCCCUCUGGUCCCCAGGUCAACCUGCCAAGAGGCCCUGUGCCCCAAAUGCCCCAGAGUGCAUUAUCUGCACAGCAUCAACAGAUACCUGGCCAACCUUCCAUUCCCAGUGUUCCAGGGCAUCCCAUGCAGAUCUCCAGCCAACCCCAGCCUCACCCUUCUCAUCCUGGGGGGGGUUGCUACACUGGUGGAGCUCUAAUGAUACCUCAGCAGCCUUUGGCACCCCAGCCUACAACUCUCCAACAACCCCAGGUUUCUCUUUCUAUGGCCCAUUCCCAGUCUUCUACUCUAUAUCCUUCUGCAGCAGGGACAAAUAUACCUCCAGGUGGCCCACAGCAACCUUCUGUAGUCGGCCAACUCUCCCCUGCAGCGCCGCACAUGAUUCCAUCCUGUCCUGUAGGCCCCGCAGUAGUGCAGCCAACCAACACUGUUGCCCUCUCACCUUCACCAUCCCCGUCUCCAUCUCCAGGUCCAGCCUCUCUGGGUCUGACACCUCACCCUGUAGCCCCCACUCCUGGAGGCACAGCCCCACCCACUCUUCCCACCCCCUCUGCUGUUUCUCCAUCCACUUCCCUGUUUCAACGGCAAAACUCGAGUACAGAUGAUCUCCUCUCCUCCAGCCCAGAAAGUCAACACGGAGGCACCAAGGCGCCCACCAACGUUCUCCAACCCACCAAAGCUGAUCCGCAGGACGGGGAGCGUCGAAAGAAGAGCUCCCAGGGAGUUCUUCUGAUCCAGGGAGAUCCGUACCAAGCUCCCGAGCGUGUGGCCCGCCUUCACAGUGAACUGGAACAUUACACAGCCCAUGUAGAAUCCCUGGAGCACCCCUCAGAGAACGAAGGAGGGGUGUCAGUGCUGGACGCCCGCUGGAAAGAGUUGCAGGACAAGCAGGAGAAGGAUGCCCGGCAGCUGUCCAUUGCCAUCGCCCGUUGCUACACAAUGAAGAACCGCCACCAGGAUGUCAUGCCUUAUGACUUCAACCGAGUAGUUCUGCAGUCAGGCAAAGAUGACUACAUCAACGCCAGCUUUGUGGAUGACUUGUCACCGUACUGCCCUCGUCUAAUUGCCACUCAGGCUCCACUCACCGGCACGGCAGCAGACUUCUGGCUGAUGGUAUAUGAGCAGAAGGUCUCACUGAUCAUCAUGCUUGUGUCAGAGCAGGAGCUGGACAAGGGGAAAGUUUUACGCUACUUCCCUACAGAGCGUGGCCAACAGCUCUCUCAGGGACCAAUCACACUCAGUCUUACCACACAGAAGAUGACACUGACACACGUGGAACGUAUGAUCAGUUUGCGGUACCGUGACCAAAGCCUGAAGCGGACAGUAGUCCACCUCCAGUUUACAUCCUGGCCAGAGCUGGGUCUUCCUGACAGCAAGUGCAACCUGCUGCGAUUCAUCCAGGAGGUUCAUGGACACUACCUCCACCAGAGGCCCCUGCAAACUCCUGUUGUGGUGCACUGCAGCUCGGGCGUUGGACGCACCGGCGCCUUCUGUCUGCUGUACGCGGCCCUGCAGGAGCUGGAGGCAGGAAACGGCAUCCCAGACCUUCCAUUGUUGGUGAAGAAGAUGAGACAGCAGAGAAAGAACAUGCUGCAGGAGAAGCUCCACCUGAAGUUUUGCUAUGAAGCUGUGUUGAAGCACGCUGAGCAGGUCCUUCUGCGCCAUGGAAUCACUACUGCCACCUACAGCAAGAACAUAAACUCUGCAGCCACAAAGCCUUACUCCAGACAAGAGUCUCAGCAAGAUAUCGUCCUCGGUGGUGAUAUGCCUAUCAGCUCCAUUCAAGCCACCAUCGCCAAGCUCAGCAUCCGCCCACCCAGCGCAGACCCCACCAUGGAGGGCAGUGCUUCCUGCGGCCCGGAAGCUAUGUCACCAAAUCUGGACUCAGUGGGCGAUACGCAGUUGUUUCAGGACCUCUGUCCUCUAGCUGAUUCUCAGCCUCCCUCAUCCUUAAGCCCGCCUCUCACCUCUUCCACUCACUCUCCUCCACCGCCUAAUGGCAUUGAUGGUCUCUCCCCAUCUACUCCACCUGCACCCACCCGUCAGCCAGUCCCAGAGUCAAUACCAUCCAUCAGUCCACCUCCUGCAUCCUCUGUGGCGGCUCUCUCAUCGCUGGAGCUUCUGGCCUCUCUGACGCCUGAGGCCUUCUCCUUGGAAGGAGGAGGUAGAGGGAAGCAGCGAGUGACCAAGCAGAACUUCCUGCAGCCAGCCGAAGGUCAGGGCAUCCACGGGACCCGAGGCGACGACAGCAGCGACCCGCUCAGUAGCCUGGAUCCACUCUGGAGCCUCAACAAGCAGUGAGGCGAAUCCUGACUGCUGCUUAUCCCUCACUUUACCACCAGGGGUCAGCAAAAGGCCUGUAGCUUUUUCUUAUCCUGCUUUUAAGAAAAACACUGAAUCCUGGGAGCGUCAGAAACACUUUAGUGGUGAUUACCAAGAUGUGCCUGUUGGCCAGCGGUAGCAGAGAGAUCCCCGAAACAAAAACACUUGCUUCUCUUUUUUUUAUGGUGGAUUCUAGGACCCAAUCACUAUGCACUUGCAUCUCUCAGAUUGCUUGGUCACCCUUUGCUGCUUUUCGUUUCGUUUGAACAGAUGUGCACUUCCAGCUCCAACAUACGGGCUGUCUAAAAAGUAUGCACUCCAGUUUUGCAAUCCUCUUAACAUGAGGCUGUUCAGGCAUGGCAAGGCUGCUGUGAGCCUUUAGGCACACAGGCCGAGCUCGGCUAGAGUCGUUUUCAAGCUCUGUCAUCACGGUAACAGAACCGCAAACAAAUUGGCACGUUGUAACAAGUUGAUUUUUUUUCCUUCUCUGUAAAUAUCCUAGAUAAACAUUUCCAAAAGAAAUCUUCCUUUACUGAAAAAUCACAAAUUGUUCAUUAUGUAAAAAUAUUCAAUAAAUCCAGUAGAGAAAAAGA